AUGCUGUCUCCCAUGGCCUGCUCCAGUGUGUCCUGGGUGCUGCUCUCCUGCCUGAUGCUCCUCUCCCAAGUCCAAGGUAAAGACCUCCAGGAGGAACUGCCCUCUCCACGGAUCAGCUGUCCUAAAGGCUCCAAAGCAUAUGGCUCAUACUGCUAUGCCUUAUUCCUGACUCCAAAAGCCUGGAUGGAUGCAGAUAUGGCCUGCCAGAAGAGACCCUCGGGACACCUGGUGUCUGUGCUCAGCGGGGCUGAGGGAUCCUUUGUGGCUUCCCUGGUCAAGAGCCAGGUGAACAGUUACUCAUACGUCUGGAUUGGGCUCCACGACCCCACACAGGGCCUGGAGCCCAAUGCAGGUGGAUGGGAGUGGAGUAGCACUGACGUGAUGAAUUACAUUUCAUGGGAGAGAAACCCCUCCAGUGUCUCAAAUCCUGGCUACUGCGGGGCAGUGUCACGAAGUACUGGAUUUCUGAAUUGGCGAGAUUACAACUGUGAUGUGAGUUUGCCCUACAUCUGCAAAUUCAAGGACUAG